UUUCGUCUUCGACACUUCAAAAAUACAUACAAAAUGACAAAGCGCACUCGCAAAGUUGGCGUGACCGGAAAGUACGGUACCCGUUAUGGUGCUUCCCUCCGUAAGCAAGUGAAGAAGAUGGAAAUCACCCAACAUGCCCGAUACACUUGCACAUUCUGCGGAAAGGAUUCAGUCAAGCGCCAAGCGGUUGGCAUCCGGGGCUGCAAGUCUUGCAAAAAGGUUGUCGCUGGUGGCGCUUGGACGGUUUCGACAACCGCUGCCGCUACUGUCCGCAGCACCGUUCGUCGCUUGCGCGAACUAACUGAGGCAUAAGACAUACUCGAGUACUUGUCUCUAUUCAUGUUUGCUCGCCGUCGGGAGAUGGGUACAUUGUCUUCACACAUGAGCUUACAAUAGCUCACGAACAUCCCUGAAGUUGAAUGGAUCAC